AUGUGGCUCCUGACCCUGGGCCUGGCCCUGACCCUGGCGAUGAUUGAUGCUGCACCCCAUCAUCCAGGUAUCCAAAUCAAUCCCCGAAUCAUCGGAGGUUGGGGAUGUGAGGAAAAUUCACGUCCCUGGCAGGCAGCUUUGCACUACCGCGGCCGUCAUAAUUGUGGGGGUGUCCUUGUUCACCCCCAGUGGGUGCUCACAGCCGCCCACUGCAUUAGCCCUGAAUAUGAGGUCUGGUUGGGGCUCCACAACCGUAUCUUGGACAAACACACAGCCCAACUUGCUGAGGUCAGUGCCAGCUUCCCACAUCCACUCUACAACAUGACCCUCCAGAACCUAAUAGCAAAUAGCAACUUGAACUGGACUGAGUUUGUCAACACCUUCCGGGGCUCAGAUUUCAGCCAUGACCUCAUGCUGCUGCGCCUGAAGAAGCCUGUCCAGCUAACACAGUCAGUGCAAGUCCUGCACCUGCCCACCAGGGAGCCUCAAGUGGGGAGCAGUUGCUCUGUCUCUGGCUGGGGCAGCAUCAUUCCAGACAGCAUUACCAUCCCAGCGACACUCCAGUGUCUGAAUGUCAGACUCCUGCCCAAAGACAUAUGUUCUCAAGGUCACAUAUAUAAAGUCACCGAGUUCAUGCUGUGUGCUGGACAAUUGAACGGCGGCCAGGAUUCCUGCACGGGUGACUCAGGGGGCCCACUCAUCUGUGACGGAAUGUUUCAAGGAACUACAUCCUGGGGAGGCACACCAUGUGCAGAACCUGGAGAACCUGGCCUCUACGUCAAAGUAUUCACAUAUGUCAACUGGAUCCUCGAGACCAUUGAGGCCAACAGUUGA